AAGUGAAGAAUCAGAAACCCAGACAGCCGCUGUCAGAGUGAGAGGACAGCAACAGAGACACGGCUCGAGCCGGAGACUGGAGACCGAAAAUAAAACGUCAGAAUGAGCUCCGAGGUUUUCUCCUACCGGAGUCUGGUCCAUGCUGUGUCAGGAGCGGUGGGAAGUGUGACUGCCAUGACAGUAUUCUUCCCUCUUGACACUGCCAGGCUACGGCUUCAAGUGGAUGAAAACAGGAAGGCCAAAUCAACCCCAGCCAUUCUGGCAGAAAUUGUCAAAGAGGAAGGACUUCUCGCUCCUUACAGAGGUUGGUUCCCGGUCAUCUGCAGCCUGUGCUGCUCCAACUUCGUCUACUUCUACUGCUUCCACAGCCUGAAGGCGAGCUGGCUGAAGGGAAAUCAGUCUGCACCCAGCACUGACUUGAUCAUAGGAAUCGCUGCAGGUGUUGUCAAUGUACUGGUCACCACUCCUUUGUGGGUGGUCAACACCAGACUGAAGCUUCAGGGUUCCAAGUUUCGCAAUGCAGACAUCCGGCCCACUAACUACUCCGGCAUUCUGGAUGCGUUUGUGCAGAUCAUCCGUGACGAGGGCGUGGGAGCUCUGUGGAACGGCACCUUCCCGUCCCUGCUGCUGGUGCUGAACCCGGCCAUCCAGUUCAUGAUUUAUGAAGGCUUGAAGAGGCAGCUGAGGAGAGGAGUUCCCAGGGAGCUGUCCUCUGCUGAAGUCUUCAUCAUCGGCGCUGUGGCCAAAGCUGUGGCCACCACUGUCACAUACCCGCUGCAGACCAUACAGUCCAUUCUGAGGUUUGGUCAAUUCAACGAGUCGACAUACGAGUCCAAACUACUGUCCAGCCUACGGAUUAUCAAGUGUCUGCUGGUCAACAGAGCGAGGAAGUAUGGCAUGUUGGGCCUGUUUAAAGGCCUGGAGGCCAAACUGCUGCAGACGGUGCUGACUGCCGCCCUCAUGUUCCUGCUGUAUGAGAAGAUCUCCAGCUGCACCUUCAGAGUCAUGGGACUGAGCAACAACCACUACAAGAAGCACUAGCUAGCAAAACACCUCACUACCAUGGACGAUUGACUGCAUGAAAGCACUGAUGAACCGUAUUAAUCACUGUUUACAGAUGCCACGGCGGGGGCACCCUGGGAAUCUGUCACCUGACACUGGAAACACAAAGGUCGCCGUAGUCCGGCUCAGUGCCCUGCGGUCUGCCUGGGUUCUGGAUCCUGGUGGCCUGAAAAGACGAAACUACACACAUCGCUUCUGUCUUCAGUUAAAUAUACACAGACUGAAUUUGCAUGAACUGCGGAGUCAGCAGAAACACGAGCAGUGGAACAAUGAAAGUGUUAGAAGUCCUGAAACAGAUUCACAGUCAUCACAUCAGAGGAAACAACAUCAUGUGUUCAGAAGCUGCUGUUAAGCCUAAAACCUUUAGAGGCCCUCACUUCAUCCUGUAACUGCUCUACAGUUAAAGUUGUUGUUAAGGAAAAAGAUUCUCUUAAUGUGUUGUUGAAGUGAUGAAAAGGAUUGAUAACACUGAAUUCAUGCAGUCAUAAACCCUCCGUCCAAGUUUAGAGAGACAAAGAAACAGCAACGCUUUCCUUUCUCAGGAAAUAGACUGUUUCAUUUUAAGUGUACACGCUGUGUCCUCCCACCAACAUGACAUCAUCACAGUCAUUACUGGAGGGAAGUACAGUGAGUUUCAUUAGAACAGAAAUGAAAUUGAAUCAAGGCUGCAGCUCCUCUUUCACCGGAGCAGGUGAGUCCAGCAGGUGUGUCAGCUGAGCAGGUGAUUGUAGCUGAGCCUGAGAUUCCACAGUCCAGGAGAGGAGACUCACCUCCAGACCUGAACUUGUCGAUGUGUAUCUCACAAUAUCUCAGUAAUGCCUCGAUGGAACUUCCUCAAAUUCGGCACAAGCAUUCACUUGGACUCAAGGAUGAACUGAUUACAUUUUGGGGGUCAAAGGUCAAAGGUGAAAGUCACGGUGACCUCAGA